CCAAAAAGCCACGGUGGCCUUUCUCCAGGAGAGGAGCGGGCAAAGACAAGCACAAGCACAUAUCUGAUCUGGAACAGCGCCUCUCCUCUGUGAAGAUUACAGACUUCGGGGGCUACGAAUUCCACAGCCUUAAGGGUAAGACCUGGAAUGAAGUCAUGGCAACACAUCGGAAACUUCCUACUGAUCAAGUAGACUUGAGAAAGCAGCAAGAGGCCGUGUGGGAACUUUUCGCGAGCGAAUGCACUUAUUUCUUGGACCAUUUAUUAGUUCUUAAGAUGAUCUUCAUGAAUACGCUAAAAUAUCUACAAACCCAUGAAUAUCUCCUGGAUGUGGAUUCAUGGCGCCUUUUUGCAAACCUGGAGGAGUUAAGUCAGACAAGCUAUGGUUUUGUGAGCAGUCUUUUUGCCAUCAUCAAGGACUACUUCGAUGCCUCUGAGACUUCACCACCCAUGGAUUUCAUUUCCGUGCUCGCGAAGCAUUUCCGAGGGAGCCUCUGUCAGAGCCACCAGACCUACUGCCUGAACUACUCCGCCGCUGUCUUUUACCUCGAGAGCCUGAAGCAGAGAGAGGACUUUGGAAUUUACUUAAAAUGGUGUGAGCAAAACGAACAGUGCAGGCGGCUUCACCUGGCCGAGCUGCUGGUGGCCCCACUGCACAGGCUGACCCGGUACCCCUUGCUGCUGAAGAAUAUCUGGAAAAGGAGUACAGACUCCACUGAGAAAAUCAUGAUCUACUCCAUCAAGGAAAAGGUGGAAAAGUCAAUCCGGGAUCUUGAAGGAAAAGUGAAGUGGCUUGACAAUUUUCAAAAAUGUAGACAUCUUCAGGAGAUUAUAGUGUGGCCUCCACUUUGGGAUAGAGAUAAAAGGUUUUUCAUUCCAGAGUGCCUGAAACACAUUUUUAAAGAGCACAUGGCAGAAAACAUCCUGUCACCAACCAACAGACACCUUCUCUAUGAGGGAAAAUUAACUCUUGCAGAAAGUACCAGAUUCCUAGAUGUUUAUCUGUUUCUCUUUGAUGAUUUCCUCUUAGUUACGAAAACUAAGCGCAACAAAAAGAAAGUUGGAGGCUUGGACACAGGUGUACUGUGUCCUUCACUUACUCCUGAGCUGCAAACAGUAAUAAAAGAGGGUGGUUCGUGUAAGGUACUCGAUCAGCCCAUUCCACUGGAUAGAUUGGUAGUCAAAAGUAUUGAUCCACUCCACGUAUCAGUCUUUGGACUGAGAAAUGCCUUCCUUAUUCAACAUGAAAGCCGAUAUCGACAGUGCAUAGCAGCAUUCUUAUUACAAGCCCAAACAGAAAACAUCAAAAAAACAUGGAUGGCACAAAUAACAGCAGCAAUCUCUUGCUUCACCAAGAGUCAGGAAACCAAGAAAAUAUCUUUAUUCAGAUCAUCCACAGAAUCUUCUGAAAUUUAG